AUGGAAGAUACCAAUACCAAUACUCAUCAUCAUGCCAAAAGACCCAAAGGUGGACUCAUCACCAUGCCCUUCAUUUUUGCGAACGAGGUGUGUGAGAAGCUGGCUGUCGUGGGAUUCCAAACGAAUAUGAUAAGCUACUUAACACUACAGCUGCAUAUGCCAUUGACCAAAGCCGCCAACACUCUAACCAACUUUGGUGGUACCGCGAGCCUGACUCCUUUGCUCGGGGCUUUCAUAGCCGAUUCGUUUGCGGGUCGGUUUUGGACCAUUAGUGUGGCUUCUGUUAUUUAUCAGAUCGGGAUGGUAUCAUUAACAAUAUCGGCAAUACUACCAAAGUUAAGACCCCCACCCUGCCAAAACGGACAAAUAUGCCAAGAAGCGGAUACGGGUCAGCUAGCAAUCUUAUACAUAUCUCUUUUGCUAACGGCAAUCGGGUCGGGUGGGAUCCGACCCUGCGUGGUGGCGUUUGGAGCGGACCAGUUUGACGAAACGGACGAGAAACAGAAGACUAGCACAUGGAAAUUCUUCAACUGGUAUUACUUUUGCAUGGGGGCAUCUAUGCUUGUAGCGGUGACGGUGAUCGUGUACAUUCAGGACAAUGUAGGGUGGGGGUGGGGUCUCGGUGUCCCGUCGAUAGCGAUGGCUAUCUCCAUCGUGGCCUUCGUGUUUGGUCUCCCGUUGUACCGGAAUAUGGAUCCAUCGGGUAGCCCGUUUACCCGGUUGGUGCAAGUGUGUGUGGCAGCUUAUAAGAAGAGAAAUUUGGCAAUGGUUUCAGAUCCUAAGCUGCUGUAUGUGAAUGAAGAGCUUGAUGCCUCCAUUUCUAUUGCUGGGACACUUCUCCAUACCAAACAAAUGAAGUUCUUGGACAAAGCUGCCAUUGUAACCCCACAAGACUUCACAGAAUCUCAAUCAAAACCAAACUUGUGGAGAUUAAACACAGUCCACAGAGUUGAAGAGCUAAAAUCACUUCUCAGAAUGGGUCCAAUUUGGGCUUCUGGAAUCAUUCUAUUCACAGCCUAUGUUCAACAAAACACUUUCUCACUUCAACAAGCCAAAACCAUGAACAGACACCUCACUAAAUCCUUCCAAAUCCCCGCCGGCUCCAUGUCCGUCUUCACCUUGACCUCGAUGCUAGCCACCAUCGUCUUCUACGACCGCGUGUUUGUCCCCUUCAUGCGCAGAUUCACAGGGGUAGAACGGGGAGUUUCUUUCCUUUGCAGGAUGGCCAUUGGGUUCAGUAUAUCGGUUUUCGCCACACUCAUAGCUGGAUUCAUGGAAAUAAAGCGUAAAAAUGUCGCUUUUGCCCAUGGUUUGACCGAUAAACCACAUGAAACGAUUCCCAUCAUGGUGUUUUGGUUGGUGCCACAGUAUGUCCUUCAUGGGGUGGCUGAAGCUUUCAUAUCAAUUGGGCAUCUUGAAUUUAUGUAUGAUCAAGCCCCGGAGAGCAUGAGGAGCACGGCGACUGCGUUGUUUUGGUUGGCAAUUUCGGCUGGAAAUUACAUGAGUACCCUUCUGGUGACCAUGAUUCACAAGUUUAGCCAAGGGAGUGACGGGUCAAAUUGGCUUCCUGAUAAUAACUUGAAUAAGGGAAAAUUGGAGUAUUUUUACUGGAUAAUAACAGCCUUGCAGGUUCUUAAUCUAGUCUACUACUUGUUUUGUGCAAAAUUUUACACUUUUAAACCCCUUGAAGUACUUGUUGAUCAUAGAGAUAAAGGUGAUCGCAAAGGCCAUGAGCUUGAGCUCGGAACCCGUGUUUGAUUUGAACAAAUGAACACAGUAUAUCUGAUCUGAAGGUAGAGACGUCUGUAAUUUCUAUGUGAAACUCAUGUUUGGUUAGAACAAACCAAAUGAGCUGAAUAUAUCUAAUUUAGAGACCGAGUUUGUAAAUAAGAUAUAGAUAAAUAUGUCUUGUAAUUUAAAGGAUAAAACAGAUUAGGACUUGUGGAAUUUUGGUUAUAGGUUGACCAAAAAGGUAUAUGUAGUGGUCAAAGUCAAAGGGGUAUGCAUGUAAUUUCAACUAAAUCAUUAAAGCGUUUAUAUAAGAUAUUUCAAAUA